GCUCGAUCCACGCGUUUGCUGCUGAAGCGUUGCGCAUACGACGGCACCCGGUGGAGACGAGCGGGACACGGUCUGAGAAUACUGUUUUUAUAAGACAGCAACCAUGAGUCUUUUAACAAAGCCCAAGUCAGAAAUGACCCCAGAGGAGCUCCAGAAACGAGAGGAAGAGGAGUUCAACACUGGCCCUCUGUCGGUGCUCACCCAGUCCGUCAAGAACAACACUCAGGUUCUCAUUAACUGUCGCAACAACAAGAAGCUGCUCGGGCGAGUCAAGGCUUUUGACAGGCAUUGCAACAUGGUUUUGGAGAAUGUCAAGGAGAUGUGGACGGAAGUUCCCAAGAGCGGGAAGGGAAAGAAGAAGUCCAAGCCGGUGAAUAAGGACCGCUACAUUUCUAAAAUGUUCCUCAGAGGGGACUCUGUCAUCAUCGUGCUCAGAAAUCCUUUAAUCACAGGAAAAUGAACUUUGUAGCCAUCACGCUGAAGCCGUCACAGAGCCUUUUUUUUCUUCUUCUUGUUUUUCUUUCGUGUAAUAAUUGGAUGACGGUGGCAGUGGAUUACCAUUAAUGUCUCUGUUUUGUUCUUAUUUUGUUUUGGAUCACUGCAGUCACUGUUGGGUAAAAUACAUAGUGUGGAUGUGAUGUUUCUACUUUUUGGAAAGCUGUUUAGUAACAACAAUACCUGGUUUGAGUUUUCAACAGAAAUCCUCUGUAUUUUUUUCAUUUUAUUAAAAAAAAGUGAUAAAUAGA